GUAUAAGGAAGCCGCACCCUGCUCAGAUAGUGGCUAGAGACUUGUUUCAGUAGUUUGUAAGGACCAAUUGUAGUUAGAUUUGUAUGAAUCUGUGACAACGAAUGGUUUAUAGAGACUCGCUUAAAUGUGAUCAAUCUAUUUGAACUGUGAUCGGUUGAAUUGAGUCGUUCCGGUGGAUCGUGGAAACACCUUGCAGUUGACGGCUGAGGAGCUGGCAGGAAUACAGUUUAAUUGUUUGGAUUUGGAGCUCCGGUCGGCCGGUAGAGUGCAAGUAUGAAUGAGUUGGACAGCUUAAGACAAGAAGCGGAAACAUUAAAAAAUGCAAUACGAGAUGCACGUAAAGCAGCAUGCGAUACCAGCCUCGUGCAGGCGACGACCAACAUGGAACCAAUUGGUCGGAUCCAGAUGCGAACAAGGCGGACCCUUCGGGGCCACCUUGCGAAGAUCUAUGCUAUGCAUUGGGGAUCAGACUCUCGGAAUUUAGUCUCUGCCUCCCAAGACGGAAAAUUGAUUGUCUGGGACAGUUACACUACCAACAAAGUGCAUGCUAUCCCACUUCGAUCAAGUUGGGUCAUGACAUGCGCUUAUGCUCCCUCAGGAAGCUACGUUGCUUGCGGGGGAUUAGAUAAUAUUUGUUCAAUUUACAGCCUCAAGACAAGAGAGGGUAACGUACGAGUCAGUCGCGAACUGCCUGGCCAUACUGGCUACCUGUCGUGCUGUAGAUUCCUAGAUGAUAAUCAGAUAGUGACCAGUUCUGGCGACAUGUCCUGUGCAUUAUGGGACAUCGAAACUGGCCAGCAAUGCACAUCCUUCAUUGGUCAUACCGGAGACGUCAUGUCACUAUCCUUGUCUCCAGACAUGCGCACAUUCGUAUCGGGUGCUUGCGACGCAUCUGCUAAGCUGUGGGAUAUUAGAGAAGGAACCUGUAAGCAAACCUUUCCAGGUCAUGAAUCAGAUAUCAAUGCAGUAACUUUCUUCCCGAAUGGGUUUGCAUUCGCUACGGGUUCUGAUGAUGCAACUUGCAGGCUGUUCGACAUCCGAUCUGACCAAGAGCUUGCUAUGUAUUCUCAUGAUAAUAUUAUAUGUGGUAUCACCUCCGUAGCAUUUUCAAAAUCUGGCCGGCUGCUCCUUGCUGGUUACGAUGAUUUCAAUUGCAAUGUUUGGGACAGCAUGAAGACAGAACGUGCAGGUAUUCUCGCUGGUCACGAUAACAGGGUCUCUUGCCUAGGUGUUACCGAAGAUGGUAUGGCUGUAGCCACAGGGUCUUGGGACUCAUUCCUUCGCAUCUGGAACUAGAUCUUAUCUAUCAUCUUACUUUUCCUUUUUUUUUUUCUUUUUUUUUUUUGGUCUAUUUGAGGUUAACAUGGGACAAGGAAAAAAAAAUCAUUUUAUAUAUUAAUAUAUAUAUACAAUUAAAUAAAUAUUAAGGGGAGUUAGAUAUUUAAAACGAACCCAAGAAAGUGUUGCGUUUAAAAGUACUUUUAUUUAAUUUUGAUUUUAAAGAGCGCAACUGGAAUCCCUGCCCAAAGAGAGUUUGUUCCCUUGUCACCUUUAUGUCAAGAUAUUGUUACGAGGAUUCCUCAGAACCCCUUCUUAAUUAAGUAAUAGUUCUUCGGCAGUUAUAUAUUUAAAAUAAAAUGAUUUGUGCAUUUCGCUAGUUAAUAUCUAUAUUCCAUAUUUGCUCUUAGUAUUUAUAUACAUUUUUAUAUUGCCAAUGCACAAAAUAAUUGCGCAACCUUAAAACAUACAUCCUAUAGAGAUUCAGACAAUUCGAUUAGAAAGUAGAAGAAAUUGUAUUCGUUUUUGUAAUCUCAUGUGUCAUAUAUUAUUGAUAAGCACAAGUUAAAAAGUAUAUAUACAUAUAUUCAUCAUAUUUUUAUUUCUUUGUUCCUUUAUUUUUUUAUUAUUUUUUUUUCAUCUUUCAUGUUAAAAAUAUUAGAAUAAUAUUUAUUAUAUUCAUUGUUUCCAUUUAUUUUAUUUUCCCUUAUGAAUACGUUGUUAAUAUUUGUAAUUUUCAGCAUAAGCUUGAUUAACAAAUGUGACGUUACGUAUCAAAUUUAUAUGUGUAAUAUUAUAUUUAUAAUCUAUUAUUAUUAUAUUUUAUGACUCUGUUACUUGAUUGUAGUUAUCAUCUUGCUGUAGUAUUUCAAAAAAAGGUAAUUUUUAAUGUAUAUUUUGUUCCCUAAAUGCCAGUUCUGUUAUGUCUUCAAAAUAAGUUUAAAAAAAAAGAAAAAAAGAUUAAAAACACUGCUAACUAUUCGUUCAGGGGAUAUAUGUACAAAGAUUGUAACUAAUAUUAAAGAGGAAACUUGUAGUACUAUUGAGGUUAUAUAAAUAUAUAUAUUAUAUAUAAAUAGGAUGAGCGGAGAUAGAGAGUGGGAUGAUAAAAAAGAAUUAAAUUCUGCAGACCCCUAAAAUUCAAAGAUCAGAAACAGGGACCAGUCUAUAAUACUUCCUCAAGCCAGGCUCUAUCAGAACUGCGUGCUAAUCCCAUCAUUGAAAGCUUUCCAAUGCAUUUUAUCUUCUUAUUUCGUUGUUGUUUUACCUUUUUUUAUUUAUUUUAUAUAUAUAAUAUAUCUCAGCGUGCGCUCUGUAUUUUAUUUUAGUCGUGUUACCUAUCUUUAGAAGAAGGUUGGUUCGAAUACUGCCAAUUUAUAUACAGGUCUUUUUGACCUUGACUUGAUAGCGUUUAUAUAUACAUAUAUAUGUGUGUAUAUAUAUAUAUAAAUAGCAUAUAUUAUAUUCACAUGUUUUAUGCACUAGAAUUAAAGAAAGUUGAAAUAAUUAUAUAGAAUAUUUUGUAAAUUGUUUAUCGCUACAUGUGUUGAUAUGUUGCCUCUUAGAAUACGAAGUGAUCUUUAUUUUAAAAUUUAAUUAUUUAUUUUACUUAUUAAUUUUCAUUCCGUGUUUCAAUUUCAUAAUGCUAUAUUAAAAUCCUUUUGCAUUUCUUUCCCACCUCGUAGAUCCAGACGUUAACCAGUUUUGUAUUUAAAUUUUAAAAACUAUGAAAGUUGCUUGUAUAAAUAUACAAAACCAGUAUGAAUGUGUUGAAAUUGGUCAAAUGAAUUAAAAACAAAUUAAUUAUAUUUAACAGUUAAAUUCGAGGGCCAAUGAAAAUAUGUCAAAAGAAUGAUAUUAAGUGUAUAGUAAUUAUACUUUAGAGUCAGUAAUGUGAUGAUGUACAACUGCCUAUAAAUAUAUAUAUAAAUAUAUAAUUUAAAACGUGGCGGCUCUCAUAGUUGUUGAGAGAAAGCAACUACAUGUGUAUUACUGUAUAACUUUCAUCGUAAUGAAUGAAUUUUCAUAGGUUUUAGAGUUAAAUGUGUGUAACGUUAUUAUUGUCAUUGUAUGAAUGGAUUAAAUAAGAAUUAAAUUUAAUAAACCUUAGGAUUUUAAAAGAAGAAAAUGUGAAAGUUAAAACAAAAGAUAAGUAAGCUGGGACCCCUUCAGGUUCGUGUAAAAAAAAAAAAAAAAAAAGAGAGGGCUAGGGGAAGAAGCGAGAAGAUCACUCGGCAUGUCAAGGGCAGGUCAACUCGGGCUCAGGGUAUUUCUUGCCUUUGCAGUCUGGGCUCCUCUAUAUCACUGUACAUUCUACUCUAAAUGUAGUCACAACAAGAAAAAUACAAAAAAAAAAAUUAAAAAUAUCUUUAAAAAAUAUCAAAAAAACCUUCUAAUAAUAAUAUUUAGCAGCUCCCACACUGGCUUCACUCUUUGCGCUGUUUGUACAUGUUUUUAAUUUAUAUAUAAAUAAGUAAGGAAAGAUAGAGAGGUUGCAAGUGAGAGAGAGUGUAUUUUUUAAAUUGUAAUUAUAAAUGAUGUGUUAUUAACGAAUAUGGGUGUCAAAAGUUAUGCCUUAAAGGUUGUGUGAAUGGGGUUAUAACCCCAUCUAUUUUAUUAAUAUUUCUGUUUUUCUUUUAUAAAAAUUCCUAUCCGAUAGCAUGCCGUUUCUAUGUUUUGUUUACUAGUACAUUUUAACAUUUAAUGAACAUAUGGAGAUGUACUGGAAAAACAAAAAUAUGUAGAGAUAGAUCAACUUGAUAUUGUAAUUAAUCAGUUGUGAUAUUUUUUGUUUACAAGGAGUCUUAGUAUUUACUUUGCAUAGUUUCUUUCUUCCCCUCAUAUCUAUUUUAAAUUGGAUGAAUAUUAUUAUAGCAACAAGUGCAGCCGAAGUGUGCUAAACAUGCUGUGGGAUAAACACAUGCAUCAGCAUAUUUGUUGUGUACAUACUGGUUCUCAUUCUCUUUUAAUAGUGUUACGGAAUAUGUAGUUUGUGUUCUCUUUUUGUAUUGUGAAAUAUAUUAUAAAAAUGAGCAGUUAAAUUCGCAUACUGUUAGCUUAUGAAUGACUGUGUUUCAUCGUGAUUUGUCUUGUAAAGUAUAACAAUCUCACUUGUCCAAUAAAGCUACUUGUCUUUAUUUAAUAAUUUAUUUCAUUCCUUUGUUAUUCUACAAUCUUAUGUAGUUAUCAAUUAAGUGCAUCAGAGAUAGCCAUUGUAAAACUAUUUGUUAGAAUUGUAACCGUUAAGAUUUUACAUGAAUUAUAUUCAAAGUGAUGUAAUUUUUUUUUUUUUUUGUUAAUAUAUUAUUUACCAGAGAUAAAAUAUCAACUUUUUUAAAUAA